AUGCCAAAAGAAAUGCGGAGCUGCAGCACGGCCUCGUCUGGAAGGAAGAGGAAAUAUGAUGAGGGGGGAUCGACAGGGAGGGAGAAACUAUCGGGAGAGAACAUCAUACAUGGAAAAAACAAGAAUAGAAAAGAAAAAAGAAGAUCCAUCAGUUUGUCUAAUGCUUUUUUUAGUGUAAAAAGUUUCGAUAAAUAUGACAAUUCUUUUAAGUCAGUUAGGGCCGAUGCAGCAGACGAGGAGAUAAUUUUGGAGAGAGAAGCAGAAGCACCAUGCGUGGCUGAUGGGGGAGCAAGUACAGGAAUCAAUCGUACCGAAUGUAUAAGCGGGGGAGAAGGACUCACAUCGAAGGGUCCGAUGAAUGAGAUGCUUCUACAUGUAAGGCGCUUUCAAUUUUUUCUUCUUAAAAAGUCCAUGGUGUACAAAAUUAGGUGUCUGAAUCAUAACUCCACGUGGCUGUCUGAGCUUUCAAAGGGGAGGGGAGGAAUAAACCGAGGAUACAUGAACAACUGCUUAUUUAUUAACCCUUUUCCUACCUACAAAGAAGUGGUUCGCUUGUACUAUGAAAAAAAAUAUAAAGAAGCCUACAUCAAGUUAAGCCGAAUUUCAGUUUAUUCCUUUUCUUCACCGGGGGAGGAAGACAUACUAAGGGAGAACUACUUCGAAAGGAAAAAUUACAAUUUGCAUUUCCUCAUCCGUUCGGUAGAAUCCAUCCAGAAGAUCAAUUCUCCUUUUGGAAAAGACAUUUUAAAAAAAAAAGAAAAAACAAAAGUACAAGGGAAAGGUAAGAAAAAUUCCACUUCGAAGAGAACAUCAAAUGGGUACCCUAUUUUUGCUGACCAGAAAAAAAGGGAAAAAAUUAUUCAUAAGGGGAAUACACUCAGAAUGUAUAUGCAAAAUGUGAAGAAGAAAAAAAAAGAGGAAGAAAAAAGGGAAAGAAAAAAGAAACGCAUUUUCCUUGUCAGGUAUAAAUUUAUUAGGUACGAAAAUUAUGUAAAUAGGUGGUGUGAUAGGUAUCUGCAAAAUGGAACAUUUGCAGUGAAGGGGACAGCCAAAGGGGUUACAGAAAAAAUGAAACGUUCUUCGCGCAGAAGGGGGGGGAACAUUAUUACCCCAUAUGGACAUCACCCCAACAUGUGUAACAAAUCAGAGUCAGUAGAAAGGAACAACUAUGGGACAGUACCAUGCUUUAGCAGUAUGUACUAUCCUAGUGGUAACCUUUCUGAGGAAGUAUCCGAUGGGGCAGAUCGUCCAAUUGGAAAAAAGGGCGAUAAAAAAGAGCACAUCUAUUUCCUAAGUGAUAAGGAAAAAACACGCAAUAGGGUAAGAAGCAGAACCAAGGUGGACACCAAUUUGUUAAUCUUCCUGAAAAUGUUGUGUCUGUAUAGAUAUGCCCACUCCUUUGGGGAGAACAAAGUGUUAAGCUUAGGUGGGAAUAUUUCCGCUAAGGUGCACACCAACCAUUCAGAAGCGAACGAACUGAAUUUUCUGACCCAAAAGGUGAGUAUAGGAAGCGCUUUGAAAAGGGAAAUACUAAUGUAUAUGGUAAAGUAUCUGAGGAAAGUCCAAAAAUUAAUUAAAAUGGAUACGCACCUUUGUCUGCUACUAAGUGUUGUUUACUACGAUUUGAAAAAAUUUCAUAAAAGUUUUUUGUAUGUGCGGAAAAGCAUCAGACGUGACUACUUCAACUUCGUGGCGUGGGUUCUCUUUAACAAUUUAAUUUCUAUCGAGUUGUUCACUGGAGGUAGUUCACCAGGAAGCAAAAUGGGAAGAAGCGAAAGUGACUUGUUAGGGAAAACCCCCCACGAGUGUAGCCGCACGUGUGCAAGUAGUUAUUAUGUAUCCAUUUGUGAAGAAAAAAAAAGAUUUCGUGAAAACUCCAAAAAGUUGAAAAAGCUCUGCAACUAUUUGUUCCGAAAUGAAUAUUUUCAAAGCGGAAAGGGGGACCUCCUAGAGGUGGCCGAACACUAUUCUAGGUACAUCUACGUGAACCCGCUGCGCAACUCGGGGGCGUCUUUUUUUUUUAAGAACGGCUACUUUGUAAGUCGCGUUUUUAGCACGGGGGGAGAGAAGCGCCCAAAAAAGGCGAAUCACUCAAGAAAAAUCAAAUCGCCGAACAAAAAGACACGCCUAACAUGUUUUGAAAGAUACCAGGGGUACCUAAAAAGGUACAAGUUUAAAAGGAACUUGAUGUCUCUAUUCGCGUUCGCUCACUUUUGCUCCCUCAAUUGUUUGCUCUACACAGAUUCCAUAAAGACCUACAAACAUUUAAAGGAAAUCUUUCCGAACAACUUUUAUGUGUCCUGUCAGCUAGCCAAAUUGUAUUACUACUGCGGGGAGACAAAAAAGAGUAUGAAGUGCUUUGACAGAAUGAAUCGCAUCUGCAAUAGGAACAUCAUUUUGGAAAGAAGUCUGUUGGAGAGCUGUUGUGUUCGAUAUUUGCAGAGGAGGGAAAGAAGAGGGAAGAAAGGCAAACAAGGGGCACAAACCAGUGGUGACAGUCAGUCAUGCGUUCAGGUAAUAAGUGCGAAGAAGUGUAGAGAGAUGGAAAUGUUGCUGCUUCCUGGGUAUUUUUCAAACGGGUUUAUUUAUGUGGAGCUUUUAGUGAACAUGCUGGUGUGUGAGAAGGACCUCCCCGCGUUGUUAAUUCUUCUGCGUGAUUGUGAAAGGGCUGCGGAAAUUUGCACAGGUAAAAGCAGAAGCGCAAAGUAUGACUCUAAAUUAUGCUACAUCAUGGGGAAGUAUUUUUCCCUAUGCAAUAAUCGGAACAAGUCCAUUCUUUGCUUCAAGGAAGGAAUUCAAAGGAAUAAAUAUCACGUGUUCUCAUAUAUGGCAUUGGCGCAGGAGUAUUUCUCCUGUGGGAAUGUGAACAGUUCUAUUGGCAUUCUAACGAAGGCCAUUAGUUUAUAUUUUAAUAACCCCAGUGCGUGGUUCAGCUUGGCGAAAUGUUUUGAAUGGAAAGAGAAUUACCGCUUUUCCAUUUUUUGUUAUGAACAAGCAAUAAAUUUUCAGCAAAGUACCAUUUUUUAUUUCCACCUGUCUGGGAUUUAUUUGAAAAAGGGAGACGUGAACAGUUACAUAGACACUUUGAAGAAAGCGUGGGUAUUUAAAAAAGAUUCUUUGUUCGCGUCUAUGCUGUUUGUUAUAUACUUAUCCAAGUUGAAAGGACAGAAUAGGGGGUGUCCCAUCAUGGGGGAAGAAGCGCAGGAAGGAAAUGACGCAUACCUUUCGAAGAAGGAAAGGAGUAAAGAAAAGAUUUUUCUUUUUUACGAAAAAAACAAUGAGUGUUUCAGAUGGUGUGUCAAGUACAUAAUAUGUUGCUUGAAUAAAAUGAAGAUAAUGCGGAGGUUAAAUCGAAUGGGGCGCAUUUUGUCUGUCUCUAAAUUGGAAGCUGAAAAAGUUGGAAAGUGUCCCCACUUGGGUCAAGCGCAACUGGAUGAUAACAUGAAACGUGACACAUACGACGACAAAUGGGACAGUAAUUCCUUUUUAAAAAAUUUUAAAAAGAUAUUUGAGAAGAGCACAAGUUAUUUUUGCUUUAUUCACUUUUUAAGAAACUCCCCCACGAGUCUGUUUGAAGCUAUUUACUACUUGGCACAUUAUUUUUUUUUCCACGAAAGUUUUUACAAUGCGUUGAAGCUGUUUGAAGUUUUGUGGGAGGCAGGGGGGAUUUAUUCGGAGGCCUCUUUCAGGAUGUACAGGCACACACAGAGGGCGUUGCAAAGGGGAUGGAAGAAAUUCGACGGAAAAGCGCGGUGA